AUGUCUCUUCAAGAUACUUAUGGUAUACCACAAUUACACGCAUCGGGUUUUGGCAAAGCCCCGGCAGGGCAAUUUGUCUCUGUAGGAACCACGGUCUUCAGUACAUCGCCAAAAUGGCAUGACACCGAAUCACCAGAAUUCAUUUUCUCAAGAAAAACCUGUAAGACAUUUAAUGACAUGAUUAUUAAUUGGACGGUAAUUUAUCAGCAGCUCCUUCUCACUGAGAGUCAGAUCAUAGCUGAAAUUAGCGAAGGCUUGCCCAGAUUAACAGCUCAUCGCCGGAAUGAGGAAACAGCAGACCCAAACCCAAAUACCCAAAGUCAGGACGAGCCAAAAUGCGUGAAUGGGCUGGCAGCAAGCACCACAUUCACGGGGCCAAGAAAUUUCAUAAAGAAGCACCGGUUGACCAGAUGGAUGCUCAGGAAUAACGGUGGACAACCUCCGAACGAAGGGGAGGAAUUGAAAGACUUUUUUGCACCAGCAGACCCUCACCCACCACCACAACACAUGGAGCCUCCAGCAGCUGAAAUACCCCCACCAAUGCCAAAUGUCGAAGAUAACGGAGCGCAAUUCGCCGCACCUAUGAUAGUCAUGAACUUCUUCGACACUCCGACGAAAAGAUCCCUCACAAAAACCAUCUUCGGCAGAGACCCAACUUUCCAGGCCGAAUGGGUGGGCCAAGCUACUCAUCGUACAGCAGGAGUCUAG